GAUCUGUACACGGCCCUGCAGAAGUUCGACUUCAAGCGGGAGCAUAUCGAGGAGGCCAUGAAGACCAGCGUGCUCUACGGAGGUGAUCUCCACUCUGCCCUCGACUGGCUCUGCCUGAACCUUCGAGAUGAUGAGCUUCCUGAAGGUUUCAGCCAGCAGAUGCAGGAGGAGAGUCAGAGGAAUCGGCCCCGUUUCCAGCCCCCUGUCCAACCCCGAACCCAGAGCCCCGAGCUACCCAUAAUGCCCCCUUCCAAAGACGCCAGCAAGGUGUCCGUGAAGGAUGACGACGCACGUAUGAAAGAUUGGAUCUUAAGGUACGCUGAGCAGAGCAGCGAUGAAGACGAUGGUGAGGAGGGAGAAGGAGAGAAGACGUCGCAACGCAACCCCGAAUUAGAUGAAAAGUUUGAUCCGAACGACAGGUAUUUGAUCCUGACCGCUCAGCUCUACGACGCCAAAGAAAUGGCAAUGGCAGCCAAAACCAAAGGAGACAAGGCGGCUCAGCGGAUGGCGCAAGACAGAAUACGCAUCAUUCAGCAAGAGAUGAAGCCGUUAGAGUCGCACCCCAUAUUCAACCCUGCCAUUAAAGUGGUGGACGCACCCCGAAAGGAG